UGGAACACAAGAUAUGGGAUAAACCAAAAAGAAUGGAGAAGUACUUUGGAAAUGCAUAUAGGGGCGACCCGGGAGUACCACAUGCCGACCCGGAAAGAUUCGUUAACAUAUGGGUCGGGUCAGCUGCUUUCUCUGCACUCACAUGGAUUAAUCCUUACAUGUGGACUCUCUCCAAUCAAUUCAACUGGCAUGACAAAGCCAUGAUGUUUGAGCAACAUCACUGGAAGAAAGCCCUCAAGAAGAAUCAGGACUAUGAAUUUAAGUGGAACCAGUACAUGGAUAAAGAUGCACGAGACUCGUACUACUUCAAUUGGCCUGUUUACUUUCCAUAGGUUUCUCCAAUGUAUCAUCAUGCUGGUGUUUCCUUUUGAAAUAUUGAGACAGGAAAAAAUAGCAUCUUGAAAUUUCUGUUGAUACUAUGAAUUCAAACAAUUUUUAACCUCGAAAUGUUUGGUGAUAUUGCAAAUGCUGCAUGGUUGCUUCCCUUA